AUGGCGCAAUCUGGGCUUUCGUCAACACCGGGCGUCGGGAGCGGGGACGGCAAUGGUGGUCGUAGGCGCAAGGUCUACGGGUACUUCAAGGCGGCGAAUGAACUACGCCAGGCCUAUCAGGCACAAUGGACCUCACAGAAAAAUGAAUACAGCAGUGAGGAUUAUUACAAUACGCCCGGCGCCUUUCCAGACGUGGAGAUCGCGCGCUCUGGCGAUGAGGAGAUGGUGUUAUUCCCUAGCUAUGCAAGGCGCUUAACACCCAAGCCAAAAAAGAGUGCCUUCUCGCCUUCUCGCCGUGAUUCUUGGUCUCGUGAACUCGAUGAAUAUCACGGCGUGGACCAUGAGCGCCACUCAGAAGACGGCUGGGAUAAUGCAGAGGCCGAAGAUGCGGUUGUGGAGGUCGACGUGCGUGGCUGGAUCUAUGCACCUGGUCGAGAGCCGAUGGGCAAGAAGCACCGCCUCAUGGUUACGCUGGCUAGGCAGCUGAGUGGUGUUCAAGCUCCUGCUGCAAACAAUGGACAGAGCUCAACAGCAAGCAAAGGCGAAGACGAGUACGUGAAUAAGCAGAUGGAGACUCUGGUUGACUCAGCGGAGAAAGAAGCGGACCAGGCCUGGAAGAGCUCUCGUGUUGAUCAGUCUCGAGGCACCGGCCAACCGACUCCUCUGAGCAAGGAUGAAAUGACCAUGGCCAACGCACAUCUGAUGGAGAGACUUCGUCCGUUUUUGACCAACCCUAUUGCUGGCCUGGGUGUUAUGGCGUUCUUCUUCAAUGAGGAGGAGAGUGUAUCACGAACUCUGCGAACAGACGAGUCAGGACAUUUCACGCUACGUGCUGCACUACCCUUCGUCCCAACUCACGUACGAGUGUUGGCCUCCGAAGACCUAUGUGCUGCAAAACCGAUCCAGCUUAUUGAGCCGACAGGCAUCAGCCUGAUCAGUGACAUUGAUGACACCGUCAAACACUCCGCCAUUGCGAGUGGCGCUAAAGAGAUGUUCCGCAACACCUUCGUUCGUGAACUGGGCGACUUGACCGUUAAUGGAGUCAGCGACUGGUAUCAAGAGCUGGCCAAGCGAAACGUGGACUUCCACUACGUUUCAAACGCUCCAUGGCAACUAUAUCCUUUGCUGGAGAAAUACUUCAAGCUUGUCGGACUACCUCCAGGCUCCUUCCAUCUCAAAGCUUACUCUGGCAUGCUACAAGGAAUCUUCGAGCCCACUGCUGAGAGAAAACGAGGCAACCUUGAGCAGCUUUUGCGUGACUUCCCCGAACGCAAAUUCAUUUUGGUUGGCGAUAGCGGCGAAGCCGACCUAGAGGUCUACACUGAUAUUGUGCUGGCUAAUCCUGGGCGGGUCUUGGGAGUAUUCAUUCGAGAUGUAACGACGACAGAUAAGAAGCCUUUCUUCGACCAGUCGGUUGGAAAUCUAGAAGGGCCUUUUAGUCGCAAUCGCAGUACUCCGCAGCUGGUGGAUCACCCGGACUCUCACACUAACAGGCCUGCGUUGCCGCCCCGUCGGGCUCGAGACACAUCAUCUUCCACCGAAGAUUCAAAGAGCAUAGACAAUGGCGACUUGAUUGAUCUACGCGAUGACGAGGAACAGAAGCCGCCUGCUCCUGAGGUGCCCAUGUCUACGAAGCCGCGUGCGCCUCCUAUGAAGCCAACCAAGCCAUCUUCUUUACGUACAACGGCAGCACCAGGAGAUAUCGAGACUUCAUCCGGCAAGGCAAAGCCACCACCGCCGCCAGUACGACGUAAGGCUGUUCCUGCUUUGCCGCCUCGACAACCGUCGGCCCAAACGGACUCCUUGAUCGACUUUGAACCAUCACCAGUAUCUCGAACUCGCACCGACCCGCUCACGAACGAGAGUUAUUCAGCCGAGACUGUAGAUGCAUCAGGCUCUGGGCAAGGGCGCUCUAAACAGCCUCCUCCCCUUCCCCCGCCACGACGUACCAACACGUCUUCUCCAAUCGCUAGCUCUGCAUCAAGCACACCGACUUCCUCUCGACCCCCACCACAAACACCCGCAAAACCGUCAUAUCUGCCGUCAUACCCAGUAUCUGCAGCUCAGGCGGCUCUCCAAUAUGCCACCGAGCGACUCAACCUCUCUUCAUCGCCUUCGGCAGGCCUGCGAAAGCCCGCAUCUAACCAAUCGUUGGCACGGACGGCCAGUGAAUCUGCCAUGCCACCGACACCGCUCCCCAACAAGCGCGAGGAGCUAUGGCGACGUCGAUGGGAGCGCGCAUCGGAGAUUCUUCAGAAGCAGAAUGUUGUCCUAGGUAGCUGGCGGGUUGGAAGCGACGCGCAGCCGGUGUGCGUGUGGUUGGUGGAUGACGCACUGAAGGAUAUACAGGCGGGUACUGGACGCCGGCCUUAG